UACGUGGAUCUAUAGACAGAAGGAGGGGAGCUCAUAUAAAGCAACUCUUCUGGGAAGAAAUGCUUCAGAAGCCAAUGCCACGCGAGAACGUUGUACUAUCUAGUCUCUCGGUUGUGCUACUUAUUUGUUUGCUAAACAAUUUGCGUUUUGUUUCGACAUUGCUGUAAAAUCAACCGCUUAAUAUUACUUUAAAAUGUGUGACGACGACGUGGCCGCGUUGGUGAUUGACAAUGGAUCAGGAAUGUGCAAAGCCGGAUUUGCCGGGGAUGAUGCUCCUCGAGCUGUAUUUCCUUCCAUUGUUGGAAGACCUCGAUAUCAGGGAAUUAUGGUCGGCAUGGGACAAAAGGAUAGUUACGUAGGCGACGAGGCGCAGAGUAAACGAGGAGUUCUCACUGUUAAAUAUCCUAUAGAACAUGGUAUCGUCACUAAUUGGGAUGACAUGGAGAAGAUUUGGCAUCAUACGUUCUACAACGAGUUAAGAGUCGCGCCGGAGGAACAUCCCGUUUUGUUGACAGAGGCCCCCUUGAAUCCUAAAGCUAAUCGUGAGAAAAUGACGCAAAUCAUGUUCGAGACCUUCAACACUCCGGCUAUGUACGUUGCCAUUCAGGCUGUCCUGUCUUUGUAUGCGUCAGGACGUACGACUGGUAUAGUGCUGGACAGUGGCGAUGGGGUUUCUCACACAGUACCAAUUUACGAAGGAUACGCCCUACCUCAUGCGAUUUUGCGCUUGGAUUUGGCCGGUCGCGAUUUGACGGAUUACUUGAUGAAAAUUCUGACAGAGAGGGGCUACACCUUUACAACUACCGCCGAGCGUGAAAUCGUACGCGAUAUCAAGGAGAAGCUGUGUUAUGUGGCCCUAGACUUUCAGCACGAAAUGGCGACAGCUGCUGCAUCGACUGCAUUAGAGAAGAGCUACGAGUUACCGGAUGGCCAGGUCAUCACAAUCGGCAACGAGCGUUUCCGCUGCCCGGAAGCGAUGUUUCAACCAAGUUUUCUGGGUAUGGAAUCCUGUGGUAUACACGAGACGACGUACAAUUCAAUCAUGAAAUGCGACGUCGAUAUCCGCAAAGAUUUAUACGCCAAUUCGGUACUCUCGGGCGGUACAACCAUGUAUCCGGGCAUUGCUGAUCGGAUGCAAAAGGAGAUAACGGCACUAGCACCAUCCACCAUGAAAAUUAAAGUAAUCGCGCCGCCUGAAAGGAAAUAUUCGGUGUGGAUCGGCGGCUCGAUUCUCGCUAGUUUGAGCACGUUCCAGCAGAUGUGGAUCUCUAGGCAGGAAUAUGACGAAUUAGGUCCGUUUAUUGUGCACAGAAAGUGCUUUUGAGAUGCCAUCAUUCAGAACGCUUCUCGACCAAUAUUAAUCCUUAGAAUCAUAUUCAAGAUAAAAGAAUAUUUAUUUUCUGAGUAGUAAUUUAUUAUCCGAGUAAUAAUUCUUUUCUUACAUAUUAUUUUCUUAUUCUUUAUGCUUCUUGAAAAAUAAUUGUUUAUUUCACCAAUAGUUUUCUUACCUCUUGCUAAAUGUAGACAUUUUUUGAAAAUUGAUUCGUAACGAACGGCUUCUAUGUUCGAUAAUCGUCGAUCUUCGUUUUAUUGCGUUCGCAUAUACAAGCUUCAAUUAAAAAUGAAUAUUUUUUUAUUACUUAAAACACUUCGGAAUUUGUGCACAUCGAACGGAGCCAUUGAUUCAAUGUCUUUUAUUUCUAAAAUGUACUCGAUGUUACAUUACACAGUAGGACGCUUAAGGCGAAUGUGACACUGCAGAGUCUAAUUCUCCCUACGUUCCUCUUAGAAACUGUCAUACAACUUUUGACACACAAUACAUCUGCCGACGUAACAAAAUUCUCUGUUGACGCAUAUAGAUUAAAAAAUAAUAAUUUAUAUGUAUUCUUCUUCAUAGAACGUUACGUGUCGCAUACAUUUUUUAAAUGUACUAAGAACUCGAUUAGUAAUUUUAAUAAUAAUUCCACAGCUAAAAAAGUUAUUUACAAGAGGUUGAUAAUUACAUUUGUAGUUUCAUCCAUAGCAUCAAAUGCUGUUUUUGUUCAUGAAAUUCUAUUAAUUUUCAUGGACGGUUAAUACAUCUUACAGAAUCUUACAUAUAUCUACCUUAAAAAGUAGAACGUAAAAAAACUUAUCUGUAAAGAAAAAUAUAUACAAUUUUCAUUUUCAUUCAUUCAAGAUAAAUCAUCAUGGAUCAGACAUCUUAAAAAAUUAUCUUAUAUGUAGCAGAUUGAAAUGUGCGAAAAUAAUAUAUUGUCAUCUGCUUGAAUUAUUGUUUGCGUCGAUCCCUCAUAUUGGUAAGACUAUAGUUCUUUCUUAACGCAAAUAAAAUCAGAGUUAUCACAAUU